CAAUAAAUAAUAAGAUUUGGAGUUUCGGAAUCGUUAAUCGUUCAGACUUUCCCGGAAAAACGGGAACCAACGUAAAUCCUCUCACGAUUAUCUUCAACUUGUGGAUCUGCAAAAUCUGUUCAUCGCUUGGGGUUGUGGUUGUGGAUGGUGGAUUUGAGAUGCAGAUGGGGCGGGAGAGAGAGGCGCGCUAUGAGAGAAACCGCGGUUACGUAGAUCAUCGACUUGUCGGAUAUCAAGAGCAUAGUCCUCCCAAUGCUUCUUCGUUUUCACCUGGUGCCGGUGCUGGUUUUAUCGAACACCGUGUCUCCAAAUACGACACGCCCGUCGGCAUCGCAAUCAAGUAUGGUGUUGAGGUGUCUGACAUAAAAAGGAUUAAUGGCCUGGUUACGGAUCAUCAGAUGUUUGCACUCGAGUCACUUAAAAUUCCACUACCAGGAAGGCAUCCGCCUUCUCCUUGCUUGUCAAAUGCCGCUUCUACUCCAGGACAGAGUAAUGACAAGACCCGGGAUUACCAUUUGCACUGUAAGCCAAUCGAUUCAUUCCAGUUCUUGAAUUCAAAAUCUCCCCAGCGAAAAGUAUCCCCUGCAAUGAGCACUUUACAAGGAUAUUAUGGGCUUAAACCAGCAGAUCAGGAAAUUACAUUUGAAGGUUGUGAAAUGGAAACAUACAGUAAAAGAGAUCCUAUUCUUCAAGAAGAUGGUCUGUACCGUACGCCCUUCCCCGCUUCUAACAAGCCUUUGAGCCGACAUCGCAAGUCGAGGAGCUUAGUCAAUGACCUUCUAGAUCAGAAUGGUGGAUUUGCAGAAAAUGUGUCUGUAACUGAAGAUGGAGAAAAUGACAAUGAAAAAUCAAAUGAGAAAUUGGUUAGAAGGCGUCAGAAAUCUGUAGCCGAUUUUUCUCGCACGCAAGAAGUGCUACUGAAGGAUGAAAAUGGCAACGUGGGUGGGUUUUCAAUGAUCAAAGGAAAAGGUUUAGCCCAGAGACAGAAAACAUCCAGCCGAACCGCUCUAACAUCUGAUGCUGAAUUAGGUGGACUGAACCCAAUCCCCUUUGUCAAUGCUGAGUCUCAUUUGGCCAAUGGAUUUUCUAGAGUCAGGAAAUCCUCAAGCACACCGAGCUUGCAGGAUGAGGAGAAUAGCUGUUCAUCAUCUAUCUGGCCAACGUCCAAGUGGAGCUUGAAAUCAGAUUGUCAAGCCCGUUCCAUUGCACCUGCUCCAAGACCAAAUUCAACAAGUUGGAAAAAAACUGCAGUUGACUAGUUCAGGUUCUACCAUCACAUUUUUUAUAUUUAUUUUUUCGGGUCUUCAAUCGCUAGCUGUUAAGAGGUUAAAUUGUGGCGAAGGAAACAGGGGAAAAAAAGGUCAAAUAGUACAAUAGGGAUGUAUAUUAGUCUGACGAGAAAAAGGGGAAGUUUUUGGCAAAGCACAACAAGAAAGUUCAUAUACAUGUAACCUGUUUAUUACGUAUUAACAUACAUAUGAUUUGCUCCUGGGAUUUUGACAUGGAUGAUCUUCUUUCUCAUCCGUCAGACUGGUCAAAGACAUUGGAAAACUACAAUAUUUAGGAAUGAGCAAAAUGUAUGAUCGUUACUUCUAGAUGCUUUUCAUUUUGUAUUUCAUGUCACCGUUACUGUACAUUUUCUUGAGUGUUUGUUUAUCAAUACAUUG